GGCUAGUGCAAACCUGCGCAUGCAAUAUAGAGCGCGGAGACAGAAACCGGAGAUUCAAGCACACUCAGAAUGCACGCGCCCGACUGCUGCUGCCAAUUCACUCGGCUGAGCAUACACCACCUGGAAUCCGGAUAAAAAGGACGCACCGAUCAUCACAGAGCACGGAAGAACGGCAAGCAUCGGCUGAGUAACACAGUAGCAGAGGUUUGUCUCCUGCCUUUUCCAAAUGUAUAUUUCUGCAAGCAAGAAGGUGAAUGCAGAUCCGAUCUUUCCUCCAACUUGGACUAAGUGUCCUGAUUCUUCUGAAUUGACUGGUAAUUGAAUUCAGUGGAUAAAGAAAUAAUACACAGGCAAGUGCUUUUAUACAUACACCACAUUGCAUCGUAUUCCCAUGAUAAAGCCUCUCAAAUUACCUUGGAGACCUCUAGGUUAACAUCCAAAGUGACCCUCCGCUAAACCCCCAUAGAACUGCCGCUCCCAACAGCACUAGCUAUGAGUGAAGGUGACACAACUUGAAAGGAUUCUUAAGUGGAUUCUUUUUCCUCUUUGGUGGUGGCUGCCUUAUUCAUCAGGCUGGGAGUGGCAACAGAAUGCCUGAACUGGACUAUAUUCCCCCCCUGAGGGGACCUAGCGACCCUGAAAUUGGCCUCCACGGUCCUGCCGACCCAAUUCAGAUUCAGCACGGCAUCCUAGAGGAACAAGUGGAGCUGUGGUGGUUUAGAGAACCCGGAAAGUCUCUGCUGUGCUACUCCAUCGCCGUAUUUCUCAUCCUAGGCUGUGGGCUUGGAGGUGUCGGCCUCCUCUCCACUACCACCAGUGUUUCAAGCGAAUGGCGGCUGGGUGCGGGCACAGCCCUUUGCCUGCUGGCCUUGGGGGUUCUGCUCAAACAGCUGCUGAGUUCCGCCGUGCAGGACAUGAAUUGCAUUCGAAGCCGACAACAGAUUGACUUGCUCAAAAGUGGAGGAUUAUCUGAUUUCCUUGUGAUUUUGAUUGCUGGGGUGUCCUUGCUCAUUUGUGGAGGAGUUCUUCUGCAUCUAUCCCUGGUGAACCAUAUGCCCAAACCAGGUCAAGCACUUAAUGACAUGUACAUCUCUGGGGUGGUGAUGCUGACUGGAGGAGGGGCUGCAGUUCUGGGCAUUGCAAUAUACUCUCUUGUGGUGGUCCUACUUGAAAGGACGCGGCAUGGACCAAGGUAUGUGGACAGGAUUCUGAACAUCUUCACCAUCUCUGGACACAUGGACCACCAAGCUCAUAGAGAAACGACCUCCAGUCUGGCUAACCUCAUAUGACAGUAAAAUGCACAAUUGCCUCAUAUUUUGGGCUCCAGCUCCGAAUUUCUGUAUAUUUAAGAUUUCAAAUGCUUUCUGUGGACAAAACAUGACAUGAAGAUAUCACAUCAUUUAUAAGUCGACAUUUAUCUCCCCCCCAUUUUUGCCACCAGUGGAAGCCAACCUCCAGCCAAAACAAUGAGAUCCAUGUAGGUAAAAAAACAAACAAACAAACAAACAAACAACAAAAACAAAAAGAAAAGGCUAACACAUUGAGUGUCCCACUUUACUUUAAGUAGAUGUAACAAGUUUGAAGGUCCAUAUUGCUGCAUCUAAAAGCUAAAAUCAAUACAUCCAUAUAGUAAAAAAAAACGCCAAACUCUACCCUUAGUCUUAUUGUGUAUCAACACUGAAAUGAAAUCAAAUAAAGUCAGUAUUUAAGGCGAUUGAGUCCAUGGGAAAAAAGCACAAACUGUACUGUCAUUGAUAGUUUAACAUAUUUAACUGUCUGCAGUACCGUAAUUUUCGCACUAUAAGGCCCACCUGACUAUAAGCCACCACCCACCAAAUUUGACACGAAAACGACAUUUGUUCAUAGAUAAGCCGUACUGGACUAUAAACUGCAGCUGUCCGCACUGUAAUGUGGAAUAUUUACACCAAAAGAUAUUAACCGGUAACACUUUGACAGUGGCAUCAUAUGACUGUCACAAGACCAAAUGAACCACCAAGAAACGUUUAACCAAUUGGCUGCAAAGCUUCAUUGCUUCAAGAAGCUUCAUUUGGUCAUCACUGUUCCCUUGGGGUAGACAAUCAAGCUCUGCUGCCACCUACUGUCAACACUGUUGUCAUCCAACAUGCCUUCUAGCAUGCAUUUCAGCGCUACAGAUGUUAAUAAUCAAAAUUCAUGUUCUUUGCUAAAUAUUUCUUUGGUUACUGCUCCAUUGGUUUCAUUAAUUGCUAGUUAUUGUAUUUGGCAACACUUUGUUUGACAGUGGCACCAUAAGACUGUCAUUAGACAAUCAUAAUUAUGACAUGACACUGCCAUGACCAAUAAUGAAUGCUUAUAACGGAUGUCAUUUAGUAUUAUCCGGCAAAUUAGCUAACUUUUGAAUGGAUGUAAAAGAUCUGAGCUGGACAUAAACUGAGUUAGUGAUUUGUCGGAUGACACCUAAUGAUAUAUGUCAUAAGCCCGCAGGAUUCAAAGUGAAGGAAAAAAUUAGCGCUUUUCGUCCGAAAAUUACGGUACUGAUGAAUAAUUUAUAAUUUUACUCAAAGCUUCAUAACUGCCGAAAUUAAUCUAAAUGUGGUAUAUAUAUUUUUUUACAAAGGCCAUUACUUUGGAGUUCUUUCUUAUAGUAUGUCAGCAGCAGGGUGUUCCAGUCAUAAGCAAAUCUGCCCCACAGCUUCACGGCUUUGCCGUUUGGGUUCAAAAUGUCAGCCUUAUUGCAGAGCGUUUGCUUAUUCUCCAAUUCUCCGGGUGCCACAUUCCCAAAAUAUGCAUGGUUCACAGACACAAUGAAAAUUAAUGAGUGGUUGGAUCUUGCUUCAGCAGUGCAACCAUUCUUAAAAGAAAACGCUUUAUGUCUUGGAGAGAAAUUUGGGAUGUAUUUUCCGAUCACUAAUCCAAAGUACAGUAAAUGGACGAUGAAUGAAAAUAACAUCUUGAGUGUAUUUUUCCUGUUUAAAAAAUGACUGUAAUACCUGUCAGUAGUGUGGCAAUUUCUACAACACCAAAAAAGGAGGACACUGUGGUAUUUAGUGAGGAAAGAAUAAUCAUGACAUCCAACUCAAGUGGACUCCUCACAACGAGGCCAUUUUCUACAUGAUACCAUUCAUUCAUUAAUUUCCUGUACCACUGAUUGUCAUGUUAUGCCUCAGACCUUAGGGAAUCUGAGUCAGCACAAGUUAUACAGUACACAGUCUGUGUGCACUGUGGAUCGGUGAAUGUAUCUGUGAAAGUCAUAAGGGUCGUGAGGGGGGUGGAGCCUCACCCAGUUGAUAUAUAUAAAAUUUUUCUAGGACAUGUGUUUCAUCCCAAGACAACAUAUGAUUUACCGCAUCAUGAUUUAGGCCGAUGUGUAAGAGAAUAGAAGCAAUUUACAGGUAGUCUCUGGGUUACGACAUACCCGACUUAUGUGAUUUUGACUCUACGAUGCUGAUGUCUCCAGUCUUUUUAUCUUUUUUUUUUUUUUAAAUAAUGUUGACAUUUGUUUUGUGAUGCAUGCUUUUAUUUUGGCGCACGAAGCGUAGAGCAGGUAGUACUUCCGCACACGAGUAAGAGCGCAUGUACACACGAAGGAUAAGGUAUUUGCGCACACAAAGAAGAGCGCACGCGCACACACGAGGAUGGGCCAUUUGCUCCCACGAAGAAGAAACGCACCUGAGUGAGAGGGGAACGAGCUGCAAGCCUACGUACACAUUUGUUGCUUGUGAAGAAUCCACAUAGUCAACACCUGUAUAUAGCACCUUUUGUAGUGUUUAUUGUGCGUUUUCAAUUGUGUUCAAAUACUUGGGGUGAGUUGAUAAUUUCUGAUGAUGUGCGGACGCUAACUGAUACAUGCUAAUCGUUUGUGUUCAUUGUUAUUGAUGUAUUAGCAGCUAGUUAUAAACGCAAAUUUGAAUUGCUGUUACUUAAAAUGAAACUGAUUACAUUUUUAUUUUAGUUUCAUUCUGCAAGUUUUAACGUCUUGAGAAGCUGAAUAAAGUCAGCAAAACACAUGGACGUCUAACAAACGUCGUCAUUUCGGAACUUAGCUUACUAGCUUGCUAGGACUUAGUUCCAACGUCUUGGCGAGGACAGUACAAUGACGUAUAAUAAAUAUUUUGGGAUAGUUAUUUUGAGAUUUAUGGGGUAUUUAGUAUUUAGGGGUACUUAAAAGGUUAAUUCCGACUUACGCGGAAAUUCGGGUUACGUUGCCAGUGUAGUAACAUAACUCGUUCGUAACCCGGGGACUACCUGUAUUUGGAGAAGGCAGAUUUUAUUUGUUGACAGUAUUUUCAUUUUGCAUCUUGCAAAUUUUAGUGCCACAAUGGACAACACAUAGGCUGUAAACGAACUUUUUAUUUGUUGUAUUUCCAAUAUUGUAUUCUCCUCCCAAAAUAGUGUAACGAGGUUUGCGGCUAACCGCUAGUGCCGACAUCCAAAGUUCCAAAACUCAUUUCAGGGAGAGGUUUAUCGACCCUCUCCAACCCAAAUUAAUCAAUUAAUUAUUUAAAAAUACAGGCAUACCAUCAGAUGAAGCCCUAUUCAUUUAUAAAAUCCCCAGUAUUUGAAGAAGUCUACUGAAGCGCCUGGCAAGCUUUGGUUUGACUUAAAUGGUUCUCUUGUAGUGGCACCAAAUGUCUUCUGACAACAAGUUGAUAUCAACAUGGAAGAAACUCAUGUUUUUUAAAUGCAAAAUCAAAGGAUGAAUUUUCGUUGAAGCACAGCGCAGUGAGCAGAGUGUCGUCAUGAUGCGUCAGGUCCUAGAGCAAAUUUAAAUGAAAACAUUUUUUUCCUUUUGUAAAGAGAAAACUAAUGCUUGCUACCCCCCCC